GAAUCUCGUUUGCUACUUUCCUCCUUCCCUGAGAUUUGCAGAGGAGAAACAUGAGCGAGGAGGAGGAUGGAAGAUGGAGCUUCUGAACGAUAUAAGCUCAUCGUUAACGAAGCUCAGAAUGCUAACAAAGGGGGUUGGAUUACAGUUGCCUUCAUCAUAGGGAGCAUGCUGGGGCAGGGGCUGGCACUCACCGGCGCAAUGGGCAACCUGGUGGUGUACCUGAUAUAGGAGUACAACUUCAAUGCCGUAGACGCCGCCCAGAUCGGGAACAUCGUCCAAGGCUGCACUAGCCUUGCCCCGUUGGCCGGCGCCGUCGUCUCAGAUGCCUUCUUUGGGUGCUACCCAGUCGUCGUCUUCUCCGUCAUCGUCACCUUCGUGUCUUUGAUCCUCUUCACACUGACCGCCGCCUUCCGGUCGCUGCAACCACCCCCAUGUGCGUCCAUCUCCGACGCUUGCGUGCCAUCGGCGGGUCAGCUUGCGUUCCUCUACACGGCGGUGGGGCUGAUGGUCGUCGGGUCCGGCGGGACACAGUUCAACAUGCUCACCUUUGGAGCCCACCAAUUCGACAGCGUCGGCGACCGGGACGUCUUCUUCAACUGGUCCAUCGUCGUCAUGUACGCCGUCGGCAUCAUCGGCUCUACCUCCAUCGUCUUCGUCGAGGACUCCAUCAGCUGGGCGUUGGGCUUCGGCGUGUCAGCGGCGGCGAACGCCAACGCCGUGGUGCUUGUGCUCCUUGGAAGCAAGCAUUACCGAAGGCCGGCGGCAUGCGGAAGCCCCUUCACUGGACUGGCCCGUGUGGCCGUUGCCGCUAUAAGGAAGUGGGAUGUUGUGGUGGCAGAGGAUGACAGCAAAUAUGCCCACGGGACAUCUGAGCUCGAUGAGUCAAUCAACCUUCGACCGAGUCAACGAUUUAGGCGUGUUGAGUCAAAGUUUUAG